AUGUUGCUGGGAAAGUUGAUUGCUUUUGGGUCUCUGGCUAACUGCCUGACCGUGCACCAGAAGAAGCCGAUCUGGGAAACACUCCCACCAACACCGAACCUACCAGCUCCAAUCAACACCAAGACAACUUUGAUUAAUGGAGUUCACCUUUGGAUGCAAGAGUACAACAAAGAAGCUGGCAGAGUUCCUAUAGUUCUUGACCAUGGUGGUCUUGGCUACUCUGCCUAUUUCGGAUCCGUCAUCUCUCGUCUCAUCGACAAUGGACACUAUGUGAUUGCCGUUGAUCGCCGAGGUCAUGGCCGAUCCACCUUCAACAAAGAUGAUGUCUUCACGUUUGAUCAGUUUGCCAAAGAUAUCAAUGACCAGCUCAAAGCCGCCGGCAUCGAAGAGUACAAUGUGGUGGGCUGGUCCGAUGGCGCUAUAACGACACUAUCUGCCCUUCUCAACCCAGUCACAGCAACACCUAUCCAAAAGGCUUUCAUUUUCGGAGGUUCUGCCAACCCUGAGCAGACCAACGCAACCUUUUCGGACACGGCAAUCUUUUCCGAGUUUGUUUCUCGAUGUCGCACAGAAUACGCUCAGCUGCAGCCAAGCGCCAACUUCACCUUGUUUGGCAGCAAGGUUGUCACCAUGGAGGCGACACUUCCCCAAUUCACCGAUAAACAGCUAGGAUCUAUUGAUGGGAAGAAGGUCAUUAUCGUUGGCGCGGAGCAUGAGGAGGCGGUCAAUCUGGAUGUGCCAGGGAAGUUGCACAACGCCAUCAAGGGCAGCAAGUUGCGGAUUCUUACCGGUGUGAGCCACUUUGCGCCCCUGCAGGAUCCCGAUCAGUACACGGCGGCCAUAGAGGAAUUCUUUUCUUAA